AUGGAGCUGCUGAAAGAGAUUCGGUCGUUGACGAAGGAGGUGCGGGAGCUGAAGGAGGAGGUGCGAGCGGCGACGACGCGAGGAGGGACGCUCGACGCGGGCUCGAGCAUGAACGCCGUGAAGGGAGAGAAGAGUGAUGCGGAUAUGUUGGCCAUGCUUGGCGUUGGUGGUGGUGGGUUAGGCGCGGUGGAUGUGGAGGCGAGCGAACCGAUUGUCGAGCCCGUGCUCGACGUGAGCGAGUGGAGAGGCGACGGCACGGAUCGUUCGGGGGAGUGGCCGCUCGUCAAGAAAAAUGACGACGACAUCUAUCUGAUGACGACGAUUCACUACAAAUUAAACGAGGCGGGAUUCUGGGCCGGGGAAGACGACGAGGAGGAUAUGUUCUUCGGCGAAACGACGAAGGUCGCGUUGUUGUAUUUCCAAGCCAACGCUGGGAUCCCCGAGACUGGGCUCGUGGAUUCGGAUACGUGGCGCGCAUUGCUCGGUGAAGAAGCAUUCAAGUGGGGACCUCCACCGGGUGCGAUCGCAUUCGAUGAGAGCAAGAUUCCAGAGGUCGUGGACAAGGUGCCCUCGGUAGAAGCGCCCGCAGCAGAAGCGGCCACUGCGAACCCGAAAUAUGUCAUGGCGGAAGAGGACUACGCCCCGGAUGAUUACGAUCCUUUUGGCCACGACGACGAGCGAGGUGCGCCUCAAGGCGCUUCAUUCGAAACGAACGGUAAAAUAGGUGCUCAUAAGUGGCCCGUCCUUCGCGAAGACGACGGCGGUAUGGAAGUUCACAAGAUGCAAGUCAUCCUCUCCGAACAAGGUUUCGAUUCGGGCGAAGAGGACAUGGAGUAUUGGUACUUCGGUAGCACCACCUCCGCGGCUCUUCUGACUUUCCAAGCGAGUAAUCGCUUACCAGAAACGGGAAUCACCGAUCUCAACACCUGGCGCGCCCUUCUCGGCGACGAACUUCUCGAUAUUUCUCCUGCAGACGCCCUGGAGCGCAUCGGCCAUGGCGGAUUCGAACACGACUUGUCGAGAACGGACAAGGUUUUCUUGCUCGGCGAGCAGCGUUACGAAACUUGA